GGAAGUGAUGCCAUGGCCCGCCUGAGGCCUGUGAGGGGACAGAAGGGGGUCACACGGGGUGAGGGGAGGCUCCUGCCGAUCCCAGUGGAGUCGGAUUUGGGGAUCGCAUGGGCCUGGGCCCCUGCCUUGGGUUUCCCAGCCCUGAAAUGCAUACCCACGCAGGCCGCUGCUGCUGCAUGCCAGGUGCCCAGGCCCUGACUGCUGCUGCAGCACUGCCUGCGCCCUCCUGAUUCUGUCCUCACCUGCUGUCUCCAGCUGUGGGGUGACCCCACCCUGCCCACGGGACCGUUGCUGUGCAGUGUGAUGGAAGCUGCCCGCUCUGGGGCUGUGUUGGCACCUGGGCUGGUUUCUAGACAAAUGACUUCAGAGCCCAGCUGGGUGAGGUGGCAGGAAGGCAGUGCCCACGCCUUGGGUGUAGACCGCCCUACUGGCUAUUGCUGCCAGCCCCUCUGCUUACUUGUGGCCUUGGGCCAGGGGGUUCACGGCAACUGGCUGUCUUGGCAUCCAGGACGCUGGCCCAGGGCAGCGUGGGUCCAGAAGGGUGAGCCAAGGGUGGACAGCAGCUGGGCUGUGUGAGCCCCGUGUCACCCCGCUGUGCUGAAGAAGAUUGGGGGACCCUUCCUCACCCCCAGGGACCAUCUCCUCUGCAGUCUGGGGGCCCCAGGAUGGUGGACACGUCUGGGUCACGCAGGAUGGGCCUGGGCCCCACAGACCCCUGGAGGGUGGGUUGGAGUGCACCAUAGCUUGCCUGUGGGGAGAUGCUGGCUACUUGGUGUGCAGUCCCAGGGGCAACAGGGACCAGAGUGACGGCUGGGGAGGAGGGUGCCUCGGGUUGGGGGCUGCACACCAGGCCCCAGGCCCCCUGAGGACCCUUUGGCUUCUCUGUGUCGUGUGGAUGGCGGGGUAUGAGCUGGAUGGCGGUGUGCACUGCCGUGUGACUCUUGCCCAUCUGGAGCUUGGAGAGAGUGGCUGAGGUGUGGCUCUUCUGCCUGGUGGUGUCCUCUGUGCCCCCUGCCAGCAUGGCAGAUGGGAAUUUCCCCUAGGUGGGCCAGGGACUCUGCUCUCACCUGUGCCCCUGGGGGUGGGGGAUUUCCAGCCUCUCCCUGCUGCUCAUCCUGGGAGGGGGCUGAGGUCCCUAUGGCAACUAUUACCAUUAACUUGGGGAAAGAUGAUUUCGUCAGGGCACAGUUUAAGAGGUACCAAGUGACACGGGGGGCCCCAGCCUCCCCCGGCCCGGGGUUCCUUCAGGGAAGCAUGGUACCAGGGAUGUGCAUGUAAGAAAGUGUGAGGUCUUGUGUGUCCCAGGGCCUGUGUGGGCCUGCUGUGUGCAUGAUGCUUCUCUGCUCAGAUGCCUGUGCGCCCCCCAUACUUGCCAGGUGGUCAUGGGACUGCCCAGGCCCAUGCCAACGACGGAAGUGCCCAAGGGUGCCCAUUUUUCUGUUCCUUAGGAGUUUGCUGGACUGAGCUGUUUUAGCAAUGGCCGCAGCAUGGCCCUGUUCCCUGGGUGGCUGGGGGCCAGAGUUUUCCAGGAGACAGCCCAGCCAUUGAGGGCACGCACGUGUACGUGUCCCAGCCAGGUGAGUGGGGGACGGGCACAUGCAUGUGCAGAUGCCAGCACAGCACUCAGGCUCGCACAGCUUCCUCCUGCCCCUCCCCCAGAGCCCUUAUAGCCACAUCCUGCAAGGAAAAACCCCAGACUCCUGUGAAGGCGGCUGAGGAUGUGUGUGGGGGCCCGCGCCCUCCUGCUUCUGGGGCUGGUGCAUGGCGCCACAGCUGGGCUCAACUGUGUUGGGGACACCUACUUCAAUGGCUACUUGUGCUGUCAUGACUGCCAGCCAGGUGAGUGGCUGGGCCUCAGGCCGGGGACGUGGUUGUGACACAGGUUCAGUGUCCUGGAGUGAGCAGACUCGGGCCUGCCAGAAGGGCUGGGCCAGGGCUGGGCCCAGCCUGGUCCACUGCAUCUGGUGCGGGUCUGCUACAGGCAACAAGAUGGUGAGGCGCUGCAGAGGCGGCUUGGACAGUGUGUGUCUCCCCUGUGACCCUGGUUUCUACAAUGAGGCUGUCAACUACGAGGGCUGCAAGCCGUGCACGCACUGCAACCGGAGAAGUGGGAGCGAAGUCAAGCAGAAUUGUACACCCACCCAGGACACCGUCUGCCACUGCAGGCCCGGCACCCAGCCUUUGGAUGGCUUCAAGCAUGGAGUUGACUGCAAGCCCUGCCCUCCUGGCCAUUUCUCCCUGGGCAGCAACCAGGCCUGCAAGCCCUGGACUGACUGUGCCUCGACUGGGAAACAGACCUUGAAGCAAGGCAGCAGCAGUUCGGAUGCCAUCUGUGAGGACAGGAGUCACCUGGCCACUAUGCCCUGGGAGACCCAGGGUCCCACGGCUAGGACCACCAAGGCCAGGCCCACCACGGCCCAGCCCACCAUGGCCAGGCCAACUGCAGCCUGGGCCUGGACUUCUCAGGUGCCCUUCAUGCCACCCUCAGAGGCCCCCAGUGGUGAGGGCCUGCUCGGGACAGGAAGAGGGAGAGCGGAGAGGGCCGGAAGCUGCCUGCUGGCCUCUUGGACCUACUCAGCUGGCCCCUCCUUGCAGGCCCGGUGCUGGCUGCUGUGCUGGGCCUGGGCCUGCUGGUCCCCAUGGCUGUAUUGCUGGUCCUGUACCUGUACCGAAGGGCUUGGAUGCCACCUGGUGCCCCCAAGCUCCCUGGUGAGCAGCGGCCGUGGGCCUGCCCUCUCUCCGGGAGGGUGACCUACCCCACUGC